AUGUAUGAGAAGGUGAUAGCCAUGAACGGUGAAGUGGAAAAGAUGUGUGUGGAAUUGGCAAAGUUGCAAUCAAAGGAUAAGACUCACGAUUUACUUGUGUACCAACAGUGCUUCAAUACAAGUGCACCAAUGUCUCUGUUAUUAUCAUUGAACUCCCAAAAUGCCAAUUUCUCUGUAGUAAAGUCCGAAAAAGGAAAUGACAGUUGGAUUGUGAGGCGAGAUGGCCUGGUGGCAUGGUGCGGAAAUCAUCUUGAUGUGAAUUUGAUGUCCAGUAUAUCACAACUGGCUCAGAUUCGGGGGGAAGGAUCGGUGGCCGUUGCGUCUCCGGGCCAAAUAUUCAAAAUUAAUUUAGCUGAAGAUGAGACGAUUCUGUUAAACCCACGCAGUAUUGUAGCAUAUACAUCUAGAUUUGAGUCAAUCAACCAAUCAGCCGAUGAAUUUACCUCUGGUGUUAAAAAUAUGGUUGAUUUUAGCGUCCCCAAAGUUGGUAUACUAUCAAGUUUAGACUAUUAUUACGAGUGGAGUAAGAAGUCUGCUGGUGCAAUUUUCAGAAAAGUUAAUGAAAAGGUGCAGGCUCUAAUUUCUCAUUCAAGUAGAGACUUGAAGUCCACAAAUGUAUCUAAACGGGUAGAUGCGACCUCAGAGUUACCAGAGGCUGAUUUGGGAGUUACUCCAGAAGCUAAUUCGAAACCAGUAUCCGAGUCUACAUCAUUUUUAUUGCUCAACCCCAUCCAAAAGCAGAAAUUUGCAGUCGUUUGGCAUCGGAUAUCUGGGGCUGUGGAAAAUGGUGCUCGAGUUGUAGCCAGUAAAAUAUAUUUGCUCUUUGGUAACAUAUUCAGUGGCUCCAAGGAAAGGUACAUGGUCGAAUUUAAGGGUCCGAAGACUUUGUUGGUACAUAAUGCUGUCAACUUGAAAACGGAGCCCUUGUCAAAUGAGGAAGUUUCAAAGCUAAGGUUAUAA